AUGGCGUCGGGUGGAGGGAAUGUAGCGGCAGUGGAGUGGCACCAGAGGCCACCGAACCCUAAAAACCCAAUUGUGUUCUUCGAUGUAACCCUCGGUACCAUCCCCGCUGGUCGUAUCAAGAUGGAACUCUUCGCCGAUAUUGCCCCCAAAACAGCCGAAAAUUUCAGGCAAUUCUGCACUGGAGAGUACAGAAAAGCAGGAUUACCAGUUGGUUACAAGGGAUGCCAGUUCCAUAGGGUGAUUAAGGAUUUUAUGAUUCAGGCUGGUGAUUUUGUGAAGGGUGAUGGUAGUGGAUGUGUAUCCAUAUAUGGGAGUAAGUUUGAAGAUGAAAACUUUUUUGCCAAGCACACCGGUCCAGGUCUACUAAAAGCAGGAUUACCAGUUGGUUACAAGGGAUGCCAGUUCCAUAGGGUGAUUAAGGAUUUUAUGAUUCAGGCUGGUGAUUUUGUGAAGGGUGAUGGUAGUGGAUGUGUAUCCAUAUAUGGGAGUAAGUUUGAAGAUGAAAACUUUUUUGCCAAGCACACCGGUCCAGGUCUACUAAAAGCAGGAUUACCAGUUGGUUACAAGGGAUGCCAGUUCCAUAGGGUGAUUAAGGAUUUUAUGAUUCAGGCUGGUGAUUUUGUGAAGGGUGAUGGUAGUGGAUGUGUAUCCAUAUAUGGGAGUAAGUUUGAAGAUGAAAACUUUUUUGCCAAGCACACCGGUCCAGGUCUACUGUCAAUGGCAAAUAAUGGACCAAAUUCCAAUGGGUGUCAGUUCUUUAUCACAUGUGCAAAGUGUGAUUGGCUUGACAAUAAGCAUGUAGUCUUUGGGCGAGUGCUUGGAGACGGUCUUUUGGUUGUUAGGAAGAUUGAGAAUGUGGCUACUGGACCAAACCAACGACCUAAAUUGGCCUGUGCUAUCGCUGAAUGCGGUGAGAUGUGAAAAAUGGAUUUUAGACGGGUGCAUUAACGAUUUCACUAAGCUUCGAUUAAUCACAUCACCAGUAAAAAUGAAUUUGGCUAUUUGGUGGGCCACAUUUUUGAGUCCUUGUGUUAAUUAAAGCACUCAGCACCAUGCUGUGUGGUUGGUAUGUCUGGUAAACUUUGGUUGCCCAUUAUUUUCUUGCCUGCAUUGAGAUGGUUUGUAAAACUACAAUGAAUUGGUAGUGACAGAUUGCAUAACUGAUUGACUGACCAAAUGAUUCAUGCACUAAACUAUCCAAUGGACUGAGGAAAAGUAUAUAUUCUUAUCUUUUUAUCAAGGGUUGUACUAGUAGGAUUGUUGCAGCUGUACAUUGUAUUUUGUAAUAUACAGGACACUGUUAGGAGUGUGUGUUAAUACCAGUGUG